AUCUAAAUCGGCAACCUUGUAAUCAACUGAAAUAUCACCUCUAACUCUUCGCCGUCGAAAUCGAGAAUUUCGUGCUUCUUUACAGUGGGCUGAUGCCCGACUGGCUUUCAGCUUAUCCGACUAUCCUUCUCUCCAACAUACCCAACUACGCCGCCAGAUGUUUGUUUAAUUGCCGCAAUGGCUCUCUCCCCUUCUCUCAACCUCAAGUGCCACCCAUGGACUUCUUCCCACAAUCUCAUUCACCGCCUCGCUUCUUAUCCUUCAAUCCCAGCAAACCCAAUCACAUUUCAACUUUCAAGAAAUUCAGCAAAACGGCCGUCGGCAAAGCUCUUAUCUGCCGUUCCCUCAGGUAUAUCUAAUGCUCUACUGUCGCCGGACUUUACCCCAAAGCAGCUUUUAGAUUGCCUCCGCGACGAAAAGGAUGAAAAAUUAGCCCUCCGCCUCUUCCAGUGGGCCUCGGAGCAGCCAAAUUUCGUGCCCGCGUUGCCUGUAUACGAGGAGAUUCUUGAAAAGCUGGGGAAUGUGGGGUCCUUUGAUUCCAUCAGGAAAGUUUUGAAUCACAUGAAGCUUUCGAAUGUUGAUGUUGUGGAGCGCGUAUUCUUUAUCUUGAUUGGUAGUUAUGCAAAAUUUGAGCUUUAUGAUGAAGCAAUUAGUGUGCUUGAUGUGAUGGAGAAAGAAUUUAGAGUGAGGCCGGGAACUCAUGCCUAUAACUUUCUAUUGAAUGUUCUUGUUGAUGGGAAUAAGUUGAAAUUAGUGGAAAGUGUGCAUUCGGAGAUGAUUAGCAGUGGCGUUAAACCGGAUAUUUCAACUUUCAAUAUAUUGAUAAAGGCUUUGUGCAAGGCGCAUCAGAUAAGGCCUGCGAUUUUGUUGAUGGAGGAGAUGCCUAAGUAUAGUUUGGCGCCGGAUGAGAAGACUUUCACCACGAUAAUGCAGGGUUACAUAGAGGAAGGGAAUCUCGAGGGGGCUUUGAGGGUGAGGGAGCAAAUGGUGGCAGCUCAGUGCCAGUGGAGUAGUGUGACUAUAAAUGUGUUGAUCAACGGCUUCUGCAAGGAGGGCAGGAUCGAGGAGGCUCUGAUAUUUGUGCAGAAGAUGGUUAAUGAGGGGUUUUGCCCGGAUAAGUUCACGUUCAAUACUUUGAUUAGUGGUUUGUGCAAAGCAGGGCAUGUGAGUCAUGCUCUAGAGAUCUUGGAUUUGAUGCUGCAAGAGGGGUUUGAUCCCGAUGUUUUCACCUAUAACACGGUGAUAUCUGGACUUUGCAAGAAGGGUGAAGUCAAAGAGGCAAUGGAAGUUCUCAAUCAGAUGCUUUCGAGAGAUUGCUCUCCGAAUGCUGUCACGUAUAAUGCCAUAAUCAGCACCUUGUGUAAAGACAAUCAGGUAGAAGAAGCUACUGAGCUUGCACGCAGCCUGACUAGCAAGGGUAUUCUUCCUGAUGUAUCGACUUUUAACUCUCUCAUACAAGGUCUUUGUUUAACCAGCAACUUCAACGUUGCAAUGGAGUUAUUCACCGAGAUGAAGAUGGAAGGAUGUGAACCAGAUGAGUUCACUUACAACAUAUUGAUUGACUGCCUGUGUGGCAAAGGCAAGCUUGAGGAAGCACUGAGGCUACUUAAGGAUAUGGAAUCAAGUGGCUGUGCAAGAAGUGUGAUAACUUAUAACACUCUGAUUGAUGGGUUCUGCAAGAUCAGGAAAAUUGAAGAAGCAGAGGAGAUCUUUGAUCAGAUGGAACUUCAAGGGGUCUCGAGAAAUCUGGUCACCUAUAACACUCUUAUUGAUGGUCUCUGCAAGGCCAAGAGGGUGGAUGAGGCUGCUCAGCUUAUGGACCAGGUGAUAAUGGAGGGGCUGAAACCGGAUAAAUUCACCUACAAUUCCCUCCUUUCCUACUUUUGUAGAGAAGGAGAUAUUCAAAAGGCUGCGGAUAUUGUGCAGACGAUGACUUCAAACGGGUGUGAGCCAGAUGUGGUGACAUAUGGAACCUUGAUUCAGGGGCUGUGUAAAGCUGGAAGAGUCGAGGUUGCUACGAGGCUUCUCAGAAGCCUCCAGAUGAAAGGAAUGGUAUUGACGCCGCAUGCUUAUAAUCCUGUGGUGCAGGCGCUUUUCAGGAGGAGAAAAGUGAAAGAAGCGAUGCAGCUCUUCAGGGAAAUGGAGGAGAAGAAUGAUCCUCCUGAUGCUAUAUCGUACAAGAUUGUUUUCCGGGGGCUUUGCUCUGGUGGCGGCCCCAUAGGCGAUGCUGUUGAUUUUGCACUUGAAGUGGCUGAGAAAGGCUAUCUCCCGGACGUUUCUUCAUUCAAUAUGUUGGCUGAAGGGCUUUGUUCUUUGAACAUGGAGGAAACCCUAGUGAAACUCGUUGACAAGAUAAUGGUGAAAGCAAGAUUUUCACAGAACGAGGCGGCUAUGAUAAGGGGUUUCCUUAAAAUCCGUAAAUUUUCAGAUGCGUUGGCUGGUUUUGGUCGGGUUUUGGAGAGCCGAAAACCCAGAAAAAGUUACUGGCGAUGAUAAACGUCGGUAGAGUUACGUAAGCAGUAAAUUAUCUGCUCUCAGCAGGUUCUUGAAUUGCAGAGGUUAUGAAAUUUUGGUGCUGAAAGGUUAGGGGAAACGAGUGAGGUGCCGAGGCUUUUGUAUUGAAACAGUCGGAAGGUUCUAUAUAAGUUGGUAUUCAAAUCCAAGGAAGUGUUGCUGUAAUUUGACUUGCAUUCAACUCUAUAAAUUGUUGGUAUGUUAUGAAA